UUUUUUCUGUUCAGUUCAUCUGUUCCCAGUGUGCGCACUAGAGCAAAGUUGGAUAGUGGGAAGUUACCUUCUAGCAUCGGAAAGCUCAUCCACUUAAGAUAUUUGAGUUUAAGUGGAGCUCAGGUAUCUCAUCUUCCUUCUUCUCUACAAAAUCUGAAAAUGUUGAUCUAUCUAAAUAUAAAUGUAACUGGGGGAUCUAUUUCCGUGCCCAAUGUCUUGAUGGAGAUGCAAGAAUUGAGAUACCUUGCAUUACCAAGUAAUAUGCUUAAGAGCACAAAGUUGGAAUUGAGUAAUCUAGUGAACUUGGAGACCUUAGUUAAUUUCUCAACAAAGAUUGGCAGUUUAGAGUAGGAUCUCCAUUGUAUGACAAGGUUGAGGAUUCCUACUCUUUCAAUUGAACUAGAAGAAGGCUCCAUGCCCCUUCUCCAGAGUCUCAGUAUUAGUUAUUGUUAUGAGUUGAAAGAGCUUCCUGAUGGGCUGCGUUUAAUCACUUCCAUAAAUAACAUGAAUAUGAAUAUGGGAAGGGAAUGGGAGGAGAGAUUGUCAGAAGGAGGAGAAGAGUACUACAAAGUCCAACACAUCCUUUCCGUUGUAUUUGGCAGGUUGUUAUAGAUAUAUAAUGAGAC